AUGGCAGCCGCCGCCACACCAGCAGCGGCCAUCCCGCCCCCGCCACCACGGGAUCCAAACAACCACCCUCUCGCGGUCCUCACCCGCACCCGCACCCAGCAUCGGCCCGUGUUCAUAUCCGCGCCGAUGGUGCGAUACAGCAAGCUCCCCUUCCGCCUCUUAGCCCAGCACUACAGCACCGACAUAUGCUACACACCCAUGAUCCUGGCCAAGGAAUUCGUCCGUUCCGAGUUAGCACGACAAGCGGACUUCACCUCAUCCUUUUGCGACGCGCCACUGAUCGUCCAGUUCGGCGCAUCCACUGUCGAGGAUUUUGGGCGCGCCGCGGAAAUGGUGCAGCCGUAUGCUGAUGGGGUGGAUCUCAACUGUGGGUGUCCGCAGAGCUGGGCCGUAGGGUGCGGGGUCGGGUGCGCGCUUAUGGGCGCCCCGGAGCGGGUCAGGGAUAUGGUGCGGGAGGCGAAGAAGCGCUGUGGAGCGCGGUUUGUGGUCAGUGUUAAGAUUAGGGUUCAUGGGGAUUUGGAGGUUACGAGGCGAUGGGUCAGGAUUGUGCAGGAGGGGAGUGGCGUGGACUACAUCACGGUGCAUGGACGCCGCAGGAGUACGCGCAGCUCUGUGCCGGUGGAUCUAGAGGCGAUUAGGGCCGUCGUGCAGGUGGCGCAGGUCCCCGUGUUUGCGAAUGGUGAUGUGUUUACGAGGGGGGAUGCGGAACGGAUUGCGAGCGUUACGGGGUGCGAUGGCGUAAUGGCUGCGCGAGGCCUCCUUACCAAUCCCGCCCUAUUCGCGGGAUUCGACAAGACCCCGUGGGGCGCGGUGGAGCGGUUUCUGGACUACUCGAUGUCGCACCCGAUUCCGUUCCGUUUGACGCAGCACCACGUCUCGGAGAUGCUGGAUGGGCAGGUACCAAAGAAGGAGCGCAACAUCAUGUGCGAGACCACCACCACCAUUGUCGAGUUCAUAGACUGGCUGGACGAGCGGUUUAUCCUGCGGCGGCCGGGCGAGGAGGGGUUCGGGAGUACAGUAGAGAUAGAGCGGCGGCAGCAGCCAAGCACGUAG